CGGCAGGAAGAAGGAAUGGAAACCAGCGAGCGGCGACACGCGCGCAGGAAGAGAAGGCAAUCAAGCCAAGCAAAGCUCCCACCUAAACCAAACCAGAAACCCCAACCCGCCAACGCCUUCCUCGACCCGGACCUCGGCGCCUUCGCCGAGUGGCUCUGCUCCUUCCUCCCCUCCGCCGCGGGGUCCAUCGCCAUGGCCACCGUGCACCAACCCUUCUACUACCCGCUCCUCCUCGGCCUCCCGCUCGCCUGGGCCUACGCCUGGCUCUCCCGGCGGCUGCUCCGCGCCAGCAUCCUUGACGCUCCCUCAGGGGUAGCAUUAAACAAGAGGCAGUGUUUCUUGCUUAUCUCGGCCGGCUCGCUGUCCCACUUCUUCUUGGAUCACUUGCUUGAGGAGAAUGACCAUUCAACAAUGUAUACUUGGAUACUGAGCACUGGUUGGUGGAAAGGCCGUGCUCCCAUCAAUCCAGAUGCAGUAUUUGUUGUAGGCCUUCUUUGCACUUGCCUCAUUGGGGGAUUUGUGUACAUCAACAGAGCGAAGCACGGAAAGUCCACAACAGAAAAAUCAAACCAAUCGUUCUUUCUCAGCCUGGUGAUAGCCACCCUGUACUGUAUGUGGUGUGCCGGUCAAAUAUACCUGCGGCAACCCCCUCAACCUGCCAUAGGUGAAGAAGCUGAUCUCGGAGUUAUAAUCUUUCUUGCCAUUUACCAUUUUCUCCCGCAUGGCUUGUGCGUCCUUUCGAUGUACCAAAAGGAUUAUACUGAAGCACUGAAUGAACUGCCGCUUCGAUGAUGUGUGUUGUUGUUGUGCAUUUUUCUUCCCAUCUGUGCAGAAGACCAGUUCAGUAGCAGUCUGGUUUCUGCAUUAUGUUGUAAUUAGAUUUCAUUACUAACUGGAUAAGUGCUGGUGCACCUAUGUAUAGUCCUGUAAUUCUUUAGGCUGGAAACAUAUAUUGUUGAUGGAAUUAAAAUGAUUUUUUAUUAUGGAUGACA